GACUCAGUUAAGUGACUCAGUCUGACUGCGUCUUGGUGACUCAUGAAAGCAGCCCCCUACCGGAAUGUCCAAACGGAGAGUUGUUUUCGUUACAAAGUUCUCUUGCUCAGCGUUGAUUGUGUAUCUAAAACCCGUGGGCGCCGAUAGGAGGUGCGCGCAGUGACGCACAUUCCGUGGAAUUCCACAGCUGCUAUAAAACACCUGAUGAAGCGCUUAUCUGCUUAUUGAGACUACAGUUAGACAUGGGCACUGAAUCAGAAAAUAACGGCGUCCUUAAAGAGGGCUUUCUGGUGAAAAGGGGUCAUGUGGUUCAAAACUGGAAAGUUCGUUGGUUUGUACUUAAAUCGGACAGACUUCUGUAUUAUAAAUAUGAGGGAGGCAAACGGGAUUCCUGCCAUCGAGGGACGAUACCGUUGAGUGUCUGCAAAAUCACAUGUCCUUAUCUGGAGUACGAGAACAGACCGUUGGUGAUGAAGCUGCAGACCAGCACGUCAGAGGAGCACUUUCUGGAGGCUUGCACAAGAGAGGAACGUGAUGAAUGGGCUGCAGCGAUUGGUGCAGUGGUACAGAACCUUAACCCACAGAAUGCACAGACCACCUCCCCUUCACAAGUUAAAGGAUCCACAUCACUCCAGCUACACAAUGUCAACCUCAGUCAGGUGGUGGACUCCAUGUAUGAUGUGCACACUGGUGUCCGGCUGUGCAGUCAUGUUGAGCAGGGCAGCUCUUACACCAACUGUUUCUCAGGCUCAGCAGUGGUGGACUGGCUUGUGUUUAAUAAGCUGGCUCUGACCCGUGUGGAGGCAGUAACAUUAGCCUCUGCACUGCUGGAUGAGGCCUCCCUGCGGCCCAUUGGGAUCAGGAGCGCAGACGCUCUCCGUAAUGCAGCUCUAGGAGAACAGUUCCUCGAUGACUCCACUGCACUCUACUGCUUUUCCCAAAGCUUCCAGAAACGAGGCAGUGUAAAAGCAGAGAAGUCUCGGUCUGCGGUGGAACUCAGUGGAAAAGUGGUGAAGAGAGGUUACCUGCUCAAACAAGGGCACAAGGUGAAGAACUGGAAGGUGAGAUUGUUUGUUUUGAGAGCGGAGCCUGGUUUCCUGCACUAUUAUGAUCCCAGCAAGGAUGACAUCACUCCGGUUGGCAGUAUAUCUCUGCGUGGCUGUCUGGUGUCUGCUCUGGAUGAUAACGGCAUACCGUCAGGUGUUAAAGGUAAAGUCCAGGGGAACCUCUUUAAAAUCAUCACUCAGAUGGACACACACUAUUACAUCCAGGCGCCAGCACACGAAGAGAGGAUAGACUGGAUCCAAGCUAUUAGACAACUGACUUAAUUAGGUCAUUGUUGGUAUUGUUAAUUUUAUUGUUUUUGCUAAAUUUAUAUUUCUGUCUGUCACACAACUAUUUAGAAAUAUUGUGCCAUUUUAAUAGUUGUAAAUGUGGUAUUUGUGUAUGUGGAAAGAUAUACAGUGUUAUACAGCUAGUAACAAAUAAAAAAUAUUCAAAUAAAAAAGUCAUAAUAAAAAAAUAGGUAAUACACAUGGGGCCAGCAUGAGGCUUCAUUCAGCAUAUAGAAUAUUUCCAUAUAAAAUUCAGAUUUCACCAAAGUUUUAAUGUCCCUGAUAAAGUCUGUAUGUAAUGUUUGAUAUAAUAUACAGGUGGUAAAGUUUAUACAUUCAGUGAAUGUCCUUUGAAAGCAUAAAUGAUGGUCAUUGUGAAAUUUAUUUUGUCAAAUUUUGUAAAAUAAAAGUUAUAUUUGUGUAAUUGUCA